GCUAUCGAUAAUUUGCUGUGAAGACGAUAGUUCUUUGGUCGCCUGUUGGUUCAGUGGAUUUCUUGCAAAUAGAAUUGGAAUUAACACUUUAAAUGCCGCAAUAGCAGCAGUUUUGGCUGUGGCAAUACUCGAACCACAAAUUAAGCAGCCGGAAAAGCUAUCCAAGCAAUGACCAGGACGUGAGAGCGGCGGAAUAGCAAACCGGCCAUUCAUUUUCCACAUACUUGUUGUUGCUGGGCUCUGCAGUGCCAAUUUCGACGGAAUAUAUUUGCUUUUUGCUGAUGUAUUUCUGCCAAAACCGGCGCAUCGAAUUGCCGCGUCGACUGCAAAUAUAGCCGCUCCAUCAGCUUACGCAAGCAAAACGUCGUUGGAGUGUUUUUAAUGACCGGCCACUGAGAUUAAAGUCCUAAAGAACGGUCAUAUAUAGAGAGAGAGGAAAACUACCCGACAAACAUGCUGCACCUCCUAAUUGUUUUCCUGAUGGCCACGGCCGCCUCGGCCGGAGAUUCCCUCCAGCGCUUCCGGCGAGCAGCCAUUGACGCGGAUAGCUCAAAAGAAAUGCACAGCAUCAUCGACCUGCCCGAGUGUCAUGACCUUAAAAAGCUUUGCACGCACUACAAGUCCACAGAUAAUCUCUCUAUGCUGGAGUGCGCCCUUACCUUCAGCUCCAGCCAGUUGGAGGAGCUUCCAGAGAGCUGCCAACAUGUUCUGUGGCUGCAGCAGCGCCAGUUGCAACUGCCCGCAUGGAUGGAGAGCAACUUCCUGCCCUCCUACUGUCCUGCCGAGCGGUCCAAGUUGGAAACCUGUCUGAACGCUGUACACCUGUGGAGCUGUUUGGAACAGCAGCGAUUAAAGCUGCCGCAGAACAAUGCCUGUCAUCAGCAUUUACGAAAGGCCUACGAGUCCUUGGGGCAGGAUUACAGCGCUGUCGAUGAGUUUUACACCGCAUGCGGCACUCUCGUCGAGGAACACAAGUGUGGACGGUUGAACAUCGACCAUCUGCCCUCCGUGCUGUCGCAGUUAGGCACAGUGCAAUGCCUCCAGGCGAGCGUCACUAAGCCUAACCUCGAGCCCAACUGCCAGGGCGCCAUCAACUCCAUUGAGCUGCAACGCGGAAUGCUAGAGCUCUUUCGGGUCUGCCAGGAAGAUCUCUCGUCUUUAUGCGCGCAAGAAAAACCCGGCACUGCUGGCGGGUUUAAGUGCCUGGUCCGGCACAAGAACCACCCCUCGAUGUCGCCCCAGUGUGCCACGCAAAUUACUUUAAGGGACCAACAGAUGGGCCGCGACUACCGUGUGUCCCACGGUCUGGCCAAGGCGUGUAAAGACGACAUCAAGACGUACCACUGCAGGCGCGGGGUCUCCGAAGAUAAGCACGUACGGUUGGCCCAGAUCCUGCUCUGCCUGGAGUCAGUGUCCAAGAACGGUACCAAACUGGCGCCCGCUUGUCUUGUCGAGUUGACUGAUCACCGUCGUAUGCUGAUGACAGACUACCAGCUCUCGCCAGAGCUCUUAAACGACUGUGCCGAUGAUAUACCCAAAUUCUGUCCGGACGAACACAAGGCACAGCUAGUGAAUGGCAUGACAAGUACGGGUGGUGAGAUAAUUCACUGCCUGCUGGAACAUGUCAAGGCGAGGCGUCAGCAGAGACGGGUAACGGCGCAGUGCCAACGAGGAUUAGAGACCUUGAUUAAGGCCAGUGAUGCUGGCGAAGAUUGGCGCGUAGAUCCUGUGCUGAGACGCGCAUGCAAGCCAGUUGUUGAUGUGGCCUGCAAGGAUGUGCAGGGAGGAGACGCACGAGUCAUGAGCUGUUUAGUAGAACAUAUUGGCACUCCAGUGAUGCUACCCGAAUGCGAGCAGGCGCUUCUCAUUAUAGAGUAUUUUGUGGCCAGAGACUUUAAGUUGGAUCCUCAGCUGUACAAACAUUGUCGCGAUGACGCAGUAAAAUACUGCCGCGCAAAGAAACAAUGGGAUGAUGCGCAAAACAUCCAAAUGGAUCCAGAACGGGGACCCAUGAUCCUGCCCUGUUUGCAUCGCAUGGCCUUCAGCGAGGACGAGCAUCAGACUUUAAGAAAGGACUGCUUCAAGGAGGUUAAGCGUGUAAUGAGACAGCGCGCCAUAUCGAUGGAUUUGAUUCCCGAGGUGGAGGACUAUUGUCUAAACGAUCUCUCCGCGUUCUGCUCUGACUGCACUGAAAAGGGCAGUGAAAUGGAAUGCUUGCAAAAGAACAUGGACCAACUGCAGUCGGAGUGUAAAACGGUGGUUAUCAAGUAUACGGAGGAGGAGGCCGCUCACGUCGAACUCAAUCCCGUGAUUAUGAACGUUUGCGCCGAGGCCAUGCAGCAGCACUGCUCUGCGAUCCUCAAGAGCGGAAAGGAUAAUGGAGACAUGAUGGACUGUCUUAUAGCGCACAAAAACGACGCGGAUCUGCGCAAGGAUCUUCGUUGUCGGGCCGCCAUCGAGCACUUCCAGAUCAUCUCACUUAAAAGCUUCCACUUCACAACCAAAUUUAAAGAGGCAUGCCGGCCCUAUGUUCAACGAUUCUGCUCCUCGAGUGCCACCAAAAACGAGGUGGUUGCUUGCCUUAGUGAAGUUAUGCGCAACGACACGAUUAAGGCGCAACGUCACCAGAUCCCUAAGGAGUGUCGUCACCAGGUGAAAGCCCAACUCUACCAGCAGCGCGAGAGCAUCCAGCUGGACCCAAAGUUGGCCAAUGCAUGUAAACGUGAGCUGGAGCAGUUUUGCGAGGAGGAAAAGGGUCCCGGUCAGGUGAAUGAAAAAGCCCUGGAGUGCCUUAUAAGGAAGACGCCUAGUCUAGGCAAGCCCUGCCAUCAUGCGAUCUUCAUGGUCAAGAAAUCUGAAUUGGGAGACAGCGGUACUGAUUAUACGCUUCUCACCACGUGCAAGGAGAUGAUCUACAAGUUCUGUCCUAGCACUGAUUCAUCCAAACUACUUGACUGCCUUAAGACCUACAAGGAUGACAAGCAGUUCGACCAGCGGUGUCACCUAGUGGUGGUUAAUCGGAUGAUCGAACAGAACACAGAUUUCCGAUUCAACCCAUCGCUGCAAAGCGCCUGCGGUAAAAACAUCGAUCGGUAUUGCUCCAACAUUGUGGCCAGUGCUCUUCCUAACGAGGAGCUAAAUGGAAAGGUGAUUCAUUGUCUUAAAGACAAGUUCCGCCAGUCCGCGCUGGACGAACAAUGCGCUCAGGAGAUGAUCAAGAUCCUGCAGGAGCAGGCCCUUAACUAUAAGUUAAAUCCCCUUCUGCAGGUGUUCUGCAAGUCGGAGAUCCAGGAACUGUGCAAGGCAAACGUAGACUCCGACGAGCACGGCCAGUUGGCGGAGUGCUUGAAGACGGCCUUCCUUCAAAAGCAAAUUAUCAACAGGCAGUGCCAGAUGGAGGUGGCCACUCUGAUCGCCGAAGCCAAGGCAGAUAUUCACGUGGAUCCCAUUCUGGAAACAGCCUGUACCGUGGAUUUGUUGCGAUACUGUUCCAAGGUGUCAUCCGGUAAUGGACGCAAACUAAAUUGUCUGAGAACGCUGCUAAAGGAUACGCCGAACUCUCUGGAAGCUGACUGUCGUGAAAAGCUGCAGCGGCGCAUUGAGAUGUUCCGGAACGCGGAUGAUACGCUAGCGCUGCCGCCCGAGGAUGUGCAGCAGCUUGUGCAACAGGUGGUCGCCUCCCCGGCGCGCAAAUUCUUCCUUGUGAUACUGAUGAGCGCGACUGGCCUGGUAUUCCUCACCGGCAUCUUCCUGGGAAGGGCCACAAAGCGUGCAAUGGGCUUGAAGAAUAAAUAAUUAAAAUAGUAGACUGUAGUGUAGUGCUGUGUAGGCGGAGUGUUCAUGUUUGUGAGCUUGUUGUUUUCCAUUUCGUCUGACCCAUGACCCGAUUCCGAUCCUUAAUUUCUCUCACUUUCCACCUUGCCUGCCUUUUGGAUAUUUGUGUAAGCAAUUUGUGGCUUAAUCGUAUGUAAGACCAAAAAAAAAGCAAAAAAGAGCAAACAAUAAAAUAGUCUAGUUCCAUUCUUAGGGCCGUUUUUGUUAUACCUUUUUUGUAACAAUUUCAUCUGUAUAUUAAAUUGUAUUUUUGUAAUCGAAA